CGAGAGGCACGUUCAGUCGUCCGGACCCGCUCGGUCGGUCUAAACAGAUGGUACCUGAUCGUAUUCCCUCCUAUCGUAGUGGCUCUGUCAGGUCUUCACUCGUGUAUAGUGAAAUUUUGCUCUUAAUUGUGCAUUUUUAGAGAAAACGCAAGCAUAUACCAUAGAAAGGAUACACUAUUACAAACAGAACCGACGAUGAUUCAGUGGGACCUCUGUUGAACGCAUCAAUUUUUUACGAGGACAGGUAUCAGUGCGAAUUUUCGGCUGCAACCACCGCUGGAUGAAUUCCUCUCGGCGUGAAAGUAGUUUGCAAUCAGCAUUCCCGAGACGAGCAUCCCAAAAGAAUCGAGUUAUACGCAACACGCGCGACGCACGGGAGCGUACCUCGAGGUACCUCGCGCCAACGAUCGCGCGUGUGUCCGUGCAACGAAUGCUGUCGCAAGUAAGUGGGUCACGUUGUGUGACCAGGCCGAAGGAUAUCGUGGGUACCUGCGUUAGACAUCGCCGUCGGCUAAUGAAACAGCGACAGAAAUGCGUUGGUUUCGUGGCCACGCCGAGGCGCCAAGACUUUUAAGCUUAAGUCCUCUUCAAGCCGAUGAAGACCUUGACGGAGCAUCUUACCACUUUCAUGCCACGUCUCAGUACAGAGAUUUGUCUCCGGUGCGAUGGGCUCGCCGGAAAUCGUCGAGUUCGGAAUCGGAACGAAACUGCUACAAUGUGCAAACAUCGAAAGUGACCACCGAGCGGAGUCCCACCAAGAAGAAUAAGAAAAGGAUUCAGCAGGAGAGGCGGAGAGUCUGUGAGAAACGGAAUCCUCUUUUGGAUCGUGUAAAGAACGCCAGACUAAGCUUCUUCAAGGAUCGAGAUUCCGACGACGAAGACCAGGAAGAAGCCGAAGAUCCGGAGAAGUCGCAGCUUCGUUCUAUGUGCGAAUUGGACCAACGUGGCCUAACUAGAAACGAAUUUCGUAGAUCUGUCUGCGAGUCUGAUUUGAAAGAAAUUAUCGAAGAAGAGAAAACUCAGGCGAAGAGGAAAAGACGUUCGAAAUCACAAACCAGAUUGCCUCAUCGAAAGCAGCAAGAAGAACGCUUCUCUUUCGUAGGUUUUCGACAGUCUGCUGGCCAAAAGGUAGGAAACUUACCUAAAGAUAUCAACCAGGAAAGCGCUGCUCAACAGAAUCGCAAAUGGCGGAAGAGCAAAGAGUUCUUUCAGGAUCAUCAGACACCUAAACGAUCGAUGGAUCACGUUUUGGAAGGUUCUACCAGCCGUCUAGAAAACCCAUCUUUCAAAGAUGGUUCUCAAUUCGAUAGCAUAACACCAUCGAGCUGUUUAGCCGCUAAGUUUCGGGCAAUGCAGGACAGGUACCUAAAAAGUUCCACUAGUAAGAUAAUAGCGAAGAUCUACAAGAAGGAAGGUAAAGACAAGGAAAGACGAAGACUGAGAAGCUUUUCGUACGGUACUCUGCCAGGCCUCGAGGAACUCAGGACAAAUCCGCUUUAUGAAGAGCAAGAUCAGGAUGAUAACGAUUCUGGGAUUCUGGAUAACGACUCUGCUACCAGCUCUUUGCUCGACGACAGGUGCAGCAGCAGCGCUUCCGGCUUGUUAACUGCUCUCAAUGAUUCGUCCCUAAAUUCUCCGCCUCAACUACCACCGAGAAAACCUUCUUCCUCUAUCGUAGAUGUAGAGAGAACUUCGAGGCUGUUUUCCACCCUGGAUAUCUACUGUAGCAGAAAUGAGGGCAGGCGUUGCGGGAGGAAUGCAUCGGAAAUGAAUACUCUCGAGGACUCUCCCGGGCAGAUUUGUCAAACUGCGAACAACGAACUGAUAGAUCGACAGGAUCGUGAUGGUUCUAAGUCGCCUGAGGAAAAAGAUGUCAUCGAGAGGCUCGACGGCAAAGGUUCGUUAGGAUCGGAAAACUAUCAGACCGGCAGACUUUCAGUUAUCAGAAACAGACCUUACACUACUGAAAACAUCGUUGUGAAGCUCCCUAGGGAAAGUUCCGACCAGUGUUUAGGUAUCUUCAUCGCGAAGACGGCGGAGUCCAGUCCAGGUUACUUGGUGGCACACGUAGUACCCAAUGGUCUGGCUGAUAAAGAGGGUACCUUGAGGAUAGGCGACGAAAUCUUGAUAGUUAAUGGAAAAAGACUGCGAGGAUUAAGUAUGGUCGAGGCUAGAAAGAUUCUUGGAAGCGGGAAUGGUCCUGGCGACGUGGACAUCGUCGUCUCAAGGUAUUCCGCCGUAGACCAAUCCCCGAAAAAACUGACAGAGAGCAGCGUAGAUUACGAGAACGUUCACAUGGAAAAUGGUCACGGAGUUAUAGUCGAGAAUUCACCUAGUACGCACUUUAGAAAGCAUCAAACGAAGCAUCAUCGAGAUAGAAAGAAUGAAUGCAACAGAUCCACUUCUUCGGAUAAGGCCAUCGUGAGUGUGGACAAUGGCGGAUCGCAGAGCGUUUCAAAUUUUUGUACACUGCCAAGGAGACCUAGGAACACUGUUUCGACAUUCUUGACAGUCGUGUUUCAGAAAGGUCCUGGGAAAAAAUCGCUGGGAUUUACUAUCGUGGGAGGAAGCGACAGUCCUAAAGGAAGCAUCGGUAUCUUUAUAAAAUCGGUAUUGCCAGGAGGGCAAGCCGCGGAAGAUGGCCGUUUGCGUGCGGGUGACGAGAUCUUGGCAGUGAAUGGCCACGUUUGCCACGACUUGACCCAUAAAAAAGCCGUUCAGCUAUUCCGUAACAUCAAAACUGGACCGAUUGCCUUGCAUCUUUGUAGACGCGUUAAAAAUAAAGAAUUACAGACAACGAAGGCUAAGUCGUGCGCAGAUCUUUUGCUCGUCGACACGUGAAGAGAAGCUGUACAAGAAGAUUGCAAAAACGAAGAAAAUACUUUGUGACCUCUGUAAAAAUGAAUUGGGAACCUGUACAUAUUGUAAAUUUGUAAAGUCCCUUGAAAAUAAAAUUAUUAUUUAAUAACUGUUCAAAA